AUAUUUUCGACUUUUUCUGUUUUUUGAUUCCAGAAGAUCUAUUAUCUCGCUCUAUGUCUUGGCGCGCACUGACAGCGAUAUGGCCGCAGGCGUCUUUGUUGGCCAGACGACGACGCUCAAAACGACGCUUCUAUCGCUCUACAGUUUCCCGAAAACCACCGAUUGGUAAACGUGGAAAUCACAUUUUCCAUUUCCGGGCUGUGCGCGAUCGUGUUAUUUUUCAAAUGGAUUUAAACCUCCCAAAUUAUACUGGUGUCGUGUGUUCUACGAAUUACGUUUCUGUUGAAUUACACUAAAGGAAAUGUGAAUCAACUCAUCUUAAUAGUUGGCUUUAAACAUCUGGAAAUGUAAAAGCAAUACUAAGGAAAAUAUAUAAUGGCAAGCACCAGUCUCAAAUCUACUACCGCGAGAGUUGAUCUUCAUUCCAAAGGAUAGCAUUUGCAUAUAGAAGAGGUAAACCGGCAAACAAUGUUAAGUAGAAGUACCUCGUCCAGAAGGCGGCGCGCUUCCAGAUCAGCAGCAUCUUCGCCUGCUCAAGCUAAUCGAGCAUCUGGUACAAGGUCAGCGGCGACAAGCCCAGGUCGUCGAGCUAGCAUUGCUGUUUCACCAGUAGAUGGUCAUCGGCAAAACGGACUGGGUUUAUCAGAAAUUAACCGAAGCCCUAGGCAUUCCAUUAUUUCGGCUGUAGCUCUGAUGCAAACCAAGGAUGAGAUGUGUGAGGAUAGUUUCGAAGAAAGCGUCAAUAAAUCUCCUCGCCACUCUCUGUAUCCCGAAAGCGCGUUAAGUCCUCGGAAUAGUUUAAUGUCCGACUGCCAACGCUCACCAAGACACAGUUUGGUUCCCAGCGAUCACAGAAGUCCCAGAAAUAGCCUAGUUCCGGACUCUGCCUUAUCUCCUAGAAAUUUCGCAACGCCUGAUCAGCAUAAUAGGAGUCCUAGAAACAGCUUAGUUCCUGAUCAAGUCCGUUCGCCCAGGCACAGCCUCACUCCGGAAUCUAGUACUUAUGGGUCGCGAUUGAACAUAUCCGAGCACAACCGCAGUCCCAGAAAUAGUUUACUACCUGAUGGUACGCGAUGCCCUAGACAAAUUGUGGUAUCUUUGGAUGGGAAACCAUGGAAUACUGAUGAAGCAGCGGCAAGCCGAAGUCCUAGACAUAGCUUAACUCCUGUGGAAUCGAACAAAAGUCCCCGAGGCAGCGCAGCCUUGGAAGCAUUUUCAUAUCGUAUAAGCCCCAGAGGGAGUAUUACAGGAGGAAGCACUUUAGAUUAUGGAUUGGAGCAACGAUUGCCAAGGGGCAGUAUCGGUCCUGACAAUGGGCAGGAGGUCAAUCGAAGUCCUCGAGGAAGUAUUGCGGCCAGGAACAAUAUCGGAAGUGAAAUCCGAAGCUCCAGAGGAAGUUUGACAUUGACUUUUCAAGAACCACCAGGCAAGGAGAGGCGAGCGAGUGCAGAUAAUGCCACAUAUUCCAAGGGAAAAAGUUCCUCGCCUUCUUAUCGGUCUGCUUCUAAAGGAAAUAUAAAUUCCUCCUAUGGGGUCAAUUCGACAAUGGAAAGUAGCGGUUCUCGGAGAGCAAGCAGUUCUGUUAGCCAGGUCUCAGGUGAUGAGCAGCGUCGCUUGUUUGGCGAUCAGAAAUACGUACGGGAAAUGGGUGAAGGUCUCAACUUGAGUCUGACUCUUACCACCUAUGGAUCAGUUGCAUACCAACUGAAGGAUGCUAAUUUAGAGGCAAGCGGAACUUGUGAUUUUGUCUGCAAAGCAUUGGGAAUUGUAAAUAAGACUGUUAUGGUGACGAUACUUCUUGUCUGCCUUUCGGUUGUACCACUAAUUAUGCUCAUAAUGGGAAUUAAGUAUUUCAGAGACUGCCCACGAGAGCCCAAUAUUCCAAUCUACAUGGUGGUCGGGGGCAGCGCAGGAACUGUAAGAAUGGGCAUUUCUCUUUGGAACCAACUGCACGCGAGGCACAUUGAUUUAUCCUCAACUAAUAAUUCGUCGAUUGCUUCUAAAAUAUCAUCGAUUGGAUUAACAGUCUUUCUGAUGGUUUGGUUUGGUCUGGGAAACUACUGGAUCUUGCGCAUCAAGUAUCCCGACUAUACACCAACUCUGUUCGAACCGAACAAAUGGUGCCACCACACACUCUAUGUUUUCGGGCUUGUGCAUCUGUGUAUAGUGUAUUCAAUGUUGGGUAUAAUAAUUGUUCUGGUGCUAGUCUUGGCGCUCUGUCAGAUUCUCGGAUGCCAGUGGCUCGGUCCGUCUAGAUAUAAAUAGCAAAUUCCCCCCGACUAUUUCGAGUUGUGGGAUUUGCCAAGAGCUUAUCGCCAUUAAAUGGCUCUCCUUGUACAGUUGAAUUAAGUAGUUCUAAUUAAAUAUUACUUUCAAAACAGACAAGGGACUAAAUUUUGAAAUAUAGGAAAAGCUUUUUAUUAAUAUACAUUUUGAACAGAGUUCUCUUUAAAGAGCCUCUGCUUCGAUUGACAAUAUUUCAAGACCGUCAACCUAAGAUAACAGUAUAAAAUCAAACAUAAAUAAUAUUAUUUAUCAGAAUUUUUUAAUCUUAAAAACGUAAAUAUUUUCGGCAGCAUCAAGCUUUUUAUACUGUAUGAUUAUACCUAAAAUAUCAUAAAUGCGUGUUUUACAAAUACUUAUGAAAAAUGUUCCGGCAUAUUGCGCUGAAUAAGAGUCAAUAAUAUUGGGUGCAUAAUAUCAUGAAACUGGCGAACAGGUUUUAUAUUUUACCAGCGAAAACCAAGGAAAGGAGCCUGCACAGUUUUAGUUUGUCUUAGAAUUGGGUAACGAGCAGUAAACAACCAAAAUUAAUUGUCAGAAAAAGAUACAGUUUAUACUUACUUCACGAGCAACGAAUUUAAAAUUAGUAGGAUGAAAAUCCAUAUGUGAAUUAUGACAACAAACUUAUUUUCCAUAAUUAUCUUUAGUAAGACACUGCCGAAUGAGUUUUUCAAUAAAACUCAAAUUACUACACGGUUCUAAAUUACGCAUACAGGAACCAAGAUAGUAAUUUUGUUUAUGUGUUUUGAUCAAUUAUCAUUUCAGUAUUUCCGAGUAGAAUAGAAAUUAGUUUAUAUUAUUUAAAUAUGGAUUCUAAACAUCGAAUAAUAACCAUUAUGUACAUAGAUGGCAUCAGGAAAAUAUUCAGAAAAGUUUGCUUCAUGACUUAUAAUAAUUGAAAACAAGCAAAAACGAAUGAAUGGCCAAUCGUUAAUUAAUGGGACCUAUUUCUAGACUUUAUCCAACCCUGUAACCUUUCAAAUUAAGAAAGUAUCUUAAAAAUGCUUUCACGACCAGCCAUUCCUUUAAAUUGGUGAGUUCCCGGUAUUUUUCUCUGAAAACUAUUGCUUUAAAGAGUUAAUAUUUUGAGUAAGCCACUCGAGCUUGUUCGAAAGACUGGCUGAGGCGCGCAAAAAAUAUAUCCACGACUCCCGAAAAACUCAUCAGUUUUAGA